AUGGUUUAUUCCAGGAUAGCGAUUAUCAGCGCAGGAGCAAAGGCCACUGUGGUUGCCAAUCUGACAAGGAGUAGUUCUGAACUUCACAAGUUGAUCUAUCAGACUAAUUUUUGCAAGGCUGAUUUAUUCAACUUUACUGACGCAGUUCAGCUUGCUGAACGGAUCUUUGCAGAUGACCGUACGCGAAGUAAUGUUCCAAAAGUUGUUGUAUUGUUUUCUUCUCGAACCAUUACCUGUUUACCAACAUCAAGGUGCUAUAUAUUAAGGUCGGCAAAGAACUAUGAAGAUACUUAUGGUUGUUCCCUUGUUGCUAAAAUGUCACGCACCUAUGGUGUAACAUUUAUUGGGCUGUCGGUUGGUAAUCAUGGUUUAAACAUGGACUUCGUUAGAGGAUGCAGUUUGAUACCGUUUGACGGAUUCCACAGUUAUAGCAGAAUAUAUCGCACUCUCUGUUACGAGUUAAUUGUUGCAAACGCUUUAAAAAAUUUUAAGAAUUCUAAGGACUUUUCAGUUAAUUGCAACUGUGAGACUAAAAGCCUUUCGCAGUUGAGUUUUGGAGGCAGCGACGUGUGUAGUAGGCGGAAUUUAUGCGUUGAGAGUAGAAAUUUAAGACUGAGCUUUGAUGAUGCAGCCGAACAUUGCCGUUCACGCGGCUUUUCCCUUGCAAUUCCAACUGAUAAACAUACCAGCAGUUUUAUCGAAGGUCAAAUUACAUCUAGAAAUAAAGCGGAAGAAUACUGGAUAGGUCUUCGAAAACAUGGCGAUAAACUAUAUUACUUGACCAGUUACAAAGUACUUUCUGAGGUUGGCUCCCUUCAGACGGACUGGUGUCCAGAUGCAAAUAUUAAAAAUGAUGGGUGUGUUUAUCGGAGGCGGUGCCAGGCGAGGUCUGGAUACGGUUGGGAUGUUGGACCAUGUGGGCCACUUACUCCAUUACGUCAUUUUGCUUGUGAAACUACGGCGUGUUCUACAAUAAAAUACUGCGAUGACCAACCUGGACGGGAAUAUUGUCGUAAAGGUGAAAGUGACGCUCUUCGUUGUUAA